AUGAUCAUUAUAACCAUCGCUACCUUCUUCGUCUUCAAUAAAUUUCAAUCCUUUACAAAUGGAACCAUCCCCAGAAUUAUUUCCACACUGGUGGUGCUUCUUGUACUAACACGAGGUGUGAACUCUUUCGGGAGCGGCGCCCCUGAGAGUGUCUGCGAGAGCCUGAUGCCGUCCCACGGGGUGCCCCCUCAGCAGAGUCCAUCGCCGUACCAAGUGACCACGUCAAACACAUUUGUGACCAAGGGUGGCCAGACCUCUGUGACACUAUCCGGCAGCUUGCCUUUCAUUGGAUUCUUCAUAAGAGUUAUUCAGAAUGACAAAUACAUUGGCGGAACAUUCCAGCAAAAUGACUUGGGUAAAUUGAGAUGCAGUAAUCAAGGAAUGACACAUUCGAGUUCCGAUCCAAAGUUUAAGCUGGUUGCCGUCUGGACAGCCCCAGCUGACAUUCAGUCAUCACCGAUGCAGUUUGAAGUAACGGUCGUCCAGCAGAAACAGGUAUUCUGGACAAAAGUCAAAUCGGCUGACAUCACUAUCUCACUGUUGACAUCAAAUGACACCUCCAUGAAGACUGAGACCACAACUUCCUCUUCCUUCACAUUAUCCAACCCAAACUCCCAGGAUCCGAACUCAGCUUUCUCAACUAUCAGCAUUGACCCAGACUGUGGGAAAUCCAAGGGCUGCUACCACAACUGUAAGGCCGGAGACCCUUGUAGCUACUUCUUUUCCUGGACUUACGAGAUAGACCAGGUGCACUUUGAGUUCCUCUACCAUUCGUCUUCCAGUGCUGACCAGUGGAUCGCCUUGGGUCUCUCCCGUGAUACAAUCAUGGGGGAUGACAGUGUUCUGGAGUGUGUUGCCGAAGAUGGACAAGUCCAUGUGAGAACAUCCUACAACAACGGACAAGCCAAUGAGUAUCCUGGUGAUAAGUCGGCAGCUAUCUCAGAUGCUAAAGGUUCAGUCAUUGAUGGCGUCCUAGCCUGCAGUUUCAUUAGAAAGAGUUCCUAUCCAGAAGAGAAACGCGUGUUUGAUUUAAGUCUUCCAUAUUACCUGAUGGUCGCCACAGGCACGGCAGUUUCAGGUAAUAAAUUACCUCACUCGUAUGAAAAGCUACCUGAAGUGUCAGCGGAGAAGGUCAGCCUACAACAAGUUGCCAGCAUUUCUGGUUCACGUAAUCCAUUCUAUCCGUUGGUGAAGGCGCAUGGCACUAUAAUGACCCUAGCCUGGAUGUUCUUCGCCAGUUGUGGGCUGGUCAUUGCAAAACAUGGCAGAAGCAUGUUCAACAACUGCAAACCAUUCGGCAUCCAUGUUUGGUUUCACAUACAUCGCUUUUGUAUGGUGAUAACAGCAUUACUUACGAUACUUGGAUGUGUCAUUAUCGUAAUCGAAUCCAAAGGGUACAGUGUGAUCCCGGAAACACCAGGGAAGGCCUACAGAGUUCUCCAUCCACCGCUGGGCUUGAUUCUGGUUAUUGUCACGUUGGUUAAUCCACUGAUAGCCUUGUUCAGACCUGACCCCAAGUCUCCAUCAAGACCCGUGUUCAGAUGGUCCCACUGGGGAAUCGGUAUAUUUGCCUGGGCCACGUCAUUUGUACUGAUAGUUAUCGGUCUGGACCUAAACAAAUCCCAAGGGGAGGUUGAAGCCAUUUAUGUCGUCUUUGGUUUCAUCGCUUACCAGCUAGCUAUCGACAUUGUCAUUAGAGUCACUGAAUCCUUCUGUGGCUGUUUUAAAUCCGGGUGUUGUGAAAGCAAACACAGAUACAAUAUCAACAUGGCCGAAUUAUCUAGUAACGGACUCAGCAGGGAGACUACUGGCGAUGCACCUGAUGAUGAUGAUGAUACACUAUUCGUCUUCGUAUUCGGCCGAAUAGUUAUUUUCACUAUUCGGUACAGCUCUAAUUUAUAUAAUAUAAUUUCUUUCUUCUACAGAAAAAUAUCACAAUCAGCAUCAUCUUGGUAUUGCACAUGGUGCUGUCUGCGUGUUUCUCCAUCGGUGUCUUGUACUUCUUCCUGCGUCACCCCGUCGGGUCACUUCCGUCUGUACCUGGACAAGAUGGCGGCAAACACUAGAGCGUCCCUCGAUCUUCAAAGAUAA